UGGCGUUAUGGCGGAGGCGGCUUUGGACGCCGUGCGGAGGGAGUUACGAGAAUUCCCGGCGGCCGUAAGAGAGCUCAGCGUGCCUCUUGCUGUGCCCUACCUGGACAAGCCCCCAACUCCACUUCACUUCUACCGGGACUGGGUCUGCCCCAACAGGCCCUGCAUCAUCCGCAGCGCCCUGCAGCACUGGCCGGCCCUCCAGAAGUGGUCGCUCCCCUACCUCAGAGCCACAGUGGGCUCCACAGAGGUGAGUGUGGCUGUGACCCCAGAUGGCUAUGCGGAUGCCGUGCGAGGGGACCGCUUUGUGAUGCCUGCCGAGCGCCGCCUGCCCCUGAGCGAUGUGCUGGAUGUGCUGGAGGGCCGAGCCCAGCACCCAGGAGUCCUCUAUGUGCAGAAGCAAUGCUCCAACCUGCCCACGGAGCUGCCCCAGCUGCUGCCUGAUCUGGAGCCCCACGUGCCCUGGGCCUCCGAGGCGCUUGGAAAGAUGCCCGAUGCUGUGAACUUCUGGCUGGGGGAGGCGGCUGCUGUGACAUCUUUGCAUAAGGACCACUACGAGAACCUCUACUGUGUGGUCUCUGGAGAGAAACACUUCCUGCUACAUCCACCCAGUGACCGGCCCUUCAUCCCUUAUGAGAUGUACACACCAGCAACCUACCAGCUAACUGAAGACGGCUCCUUUAAGAUGAUAGAUGAGGAGGCCAUGGAGAAGGUGCCCUGGAUCCCGCUGGACCCAUUGGCUCCAGAUCUGGCUCGGUACCCCAGUUACAGUCAGGCCCAGGCCCUUUGCUGCACCGUUCGGGCUGGCGAGAUGCUCUACCUGCCGGCUCUGUGGUUCCACCAUGUCCAGCAGUCCCAUGCCUGCAUUGCUGUGAAUUUCUGGUAUGACAUGGAGUAUGACCUCAGGUACAGUUACUUCCAGCUGCUUGACUCCCUCACUAAGGCCUCAGGCCUUGACUGAUGGAGCCUGGUGAAUAUCAUUGCCAAGGACAAUUCGUGGAAGAUGUUGCAUCCCUCCUGGGCUAGGUGAAUUCUGGAGGCAACAUGGAGUCAGAGUGUGCUGGCUCCUCACCCAGGUCAGCUUGCGACCAGCUUUGCCAGAUCUCUGGAGGCGCCCUGGAGGACAGGAGGCCCUGGACGGGUGUGGGCGUGGGCCCACGCAGGCGAGGCAGCGUUCUGUGCUGCAGGAGCGGCCGGGCUCCAGGUGCACGCUGCCUUUCACCUCCGUGACCUGGGGUGUGUUAGUGCCUCGGAGCAUUGGUGUCCUGUCUGUACAACAGACAACGAUUGUUCCUACCUCACUGGACUUGGAGAUGCUAUCUGUAAGCACAGCGUGAGGUUGGCCCGGAGGAAUUGUUCAA